AUGCCACAACACAUCGUCACUCAGCGACAGAAAUUUAUUGAUCAGGCGAACAAAAAAAAACCUGAUUCUUUUAAGCCUGGCGAUGUAAUAGCAAUUUUUCCUCGUCUGCCCUCUGCGGAUCAACACGCCGCUCAUCGUUGCUUUCAAACAAAACGCUUUGGACCUUUUAUAGUGCUAUCGGACAAAGGACAAGGCGAAUACUGGGUUGGAGCAGGACCAGAGAUAAGACGGGUCAAUGCCUGGGAAAUGGUCCCAUUUCACGGACUUCCCCAAGCGCCAAUACCUGGAUACAAAAAACAUCUGGGCCUUAUCCAUCUCCAAUCGGUUGCUUCAAGUGUCAUCCACCCUGCACAAGAACAUGUUUAUGCGCGCCCGUCGAGUCAAUGUCCGUCGGUCAGUGAACGUGCUGUGCUUUUAGAUCAUGAGUAUCCUCAGUCCGCGCGUGACCAACCAACUGCAAAUUUGGCGAAGGGCAAACCCCCCUCUGGGGAUAAUUUGGGGUCAUGUCGUGAAACGGGUGACAACCUUCCUUUUUUCCAGGGGGGGGGGGAGAGUAAGGGUGCCCCCUCACCAAAACGAGCGCCAUCUAGGCGACCAUUCUGGCAAAAGGCCAAACGUCCAAAGAUCACACCCAACCCCACUCCACUUAUUGGUCAAUCAGGUGAGCCGCUGGCAGGAGUUAAGGUUUUUGCCACCAGGGAGGUCAGUGGAGGUGUUUCCCCACCAGUGGGGGUGUUAACAAAUAUAGUUGAGGUUUCUGCCACCAGGGAGGCUUUUUGCCACCAGUGGGGGUGUUUCCCACCAGUGGUGGUGUUUCUCACAACCCACAUCCCACUCAACUUUGAAACGGCCAAGAAAGUGCUGCAGAGCACCAUUCCGGCUAAGCUGAGCACCAUGCUGCGCUGGGAUGCCCCAGCUGAACAGGCUUUUCUGGACCCCAAACAGGCCAUUGCACACGCAGUGCGCCUGGAGCGGCCGCUUCUGCGCUCCACCAAGCAGCAAAAGUACAUGUUUGUGGCCAUUGACCAAUUCUCAAAGUUCCUGACAGCCAUCCCCAUUCUACAAGCGGACACCAGCAUGGCCAUUUUGAUGCAAUCCACACCAUUUUUCAGGAUGUGCUGA